AUGGACGCGGUGGUCCUCCUGGGCAGCGGCCCCGGGCUGCUGCUGGCGCUGGCGCUGGGCCUAGCCGUUUUCAACGGUGUGGGUGCCAGCUGGAACGUGACUGCUGACUACGGAGUGAAGAGGCCUGUAUGCAGCUCUCCGGAGGACUGUGCAGAUAAUAUCCCACAGUUGAGGCGGAGAGGGCACUUUUCUAAGUGCCCCGAGGAAUACAAGCAUUACUGUGUCAAAGGGCGAUGUCGGUAUGUCAUGGCCGAAGAGACGCCAGCUUGCGUCUGCGAGAAAGGCUACACGGGCGCAAGAUGCGAGCGAGUGGACAUCUUCUACCUGAGAGGAGAUCAAGGCCAGAUUGCAGUGAUUUGCUUGAUCGUUGCCAUGGUGGCGCUGAUCGGCCUGAUAAUAUGCAUCUGCACGUGCAGUCAUCACUGUCGGAAGCGCCGCAGGAGGAGAAAGGAAGAAGAAAUGGAAACGCUAGAGAAAGAUUUGCCUACCAAACAGGAGGAUGUCCUAGAGACGGACAUUGCAUGAAGGUUACUGAAGGCACCUGCAGGCAGGUUCCAAACAGCACAAUGUCUUGCUCUAUUGGAGAGGGACACAGAAGGGCUAUUGCCCGGAUAAUAAAGGCAGAUGAAUAACAGG